AUGGCGACGAGCGCCUCGGCCGACGCGCUGCUGGCGCCGCUGCGCGCCGCGCGCGGCGGCGGCGCGGCGGCGGCGGCGCGCCUCGGCAAGGGCGGCGGCGGCGGGUCGCGGCUCCUGCGGCCGACGGCGAGCUCGAGCCUCCGGGACCGGCGCGAGGCCGCGCUCGCGACGGCGACGCGCAACGCCAAGGCGCUCGUCGCGUCGUCGAAGCGCGUCGCGCGCAUCAAGCGCCACGCGGCCAAGGACUACGCCGCCGAGGACGCGAAGCUGCCCGCGUCGCCGCCGCCCGAGUCGGCGCGGCGCGCGGACGCGCGGCGCGCGCUCGCGCUGGACCACGCGCGGGACGUCGAGGCGGACCGCGCCUCGCAAGGCGACCGGUCGCCGCGGUCCCUGGACUCGGCGGACCCCUUCGUCGUCGACGCGUCGCGCGACGACGCGACGCGGAGCCCGCGGUCCGUCGUCGUCGGCCGCCUCGUCGGCCGGACCAUCGACGCGCUGGGCGCGGGCGACUACGGCACCGCCGCGGCGUCGCAGCCGCGGCCCUACGCCGUCGAGGCGCUCGUGGGCGACGGCCACGUCCUCGUGCCCCACGCGGGCCUCGGCCCGCGGCGCAGCGAGGCGCUCGUCCACGCGCUGGGCGGCGACGCGGCGCCGCCCGUGACGCAGCUCGACUGCCGCGCGAACGGUUUGGAGAGCGGCUCGUGCGCGCGGCUCCUGGCCGCGUGCCUGCGCCGCGCGUCCCUCGAGGUCCUGCGCCUGUCGGCGAACGACGUCAGCGACGGCGCGAUGCGGCGAAUCGUCGCGUUCGUCGGCGCCGAGGGCUGCCCCCUCGUGGACCUGCAGCUCGCCCGGGCGAAGCUCCUCGACGCGCGGGGCCUGCCGGCGGCGCUGCUGCGGCCCUGGCAGUCCGCGCUCCAGAUCUUGGACGUGUCGCGCAACGACCUCACGCGCUUCGUCGACGACGACGGCGUCCGGGCCUACGACGCCUACAGCGGCGUCGCCGGCGCGCCCGCGGGGGCCGCCGCGCCCGCGCCCCGGCGCGCGGACGGCGGCGCGCGCAAGGCCGUCCGCGUCUCCGCGGGCGCGCCGACGCUCGCGCGGUUCCGCCGGCGGUCGUCGAUGGCCGCCGCGGAGCGGCGCGACACGGGCGGCGACCGCCGCACGUUCGUGAGCGGCUUCGGCGGCGCGGACGUCGGGGCCGCGCUCGGCCUGUCGCCCGUGCUCGUCAAGCUCGCCGAGGCCAAGGCCGCGCCGGAGAGCGACGACGACGACGACGACGACGACGCGCGGCGCCGGCGGCACAAGGAGAAGGAGUCGAUGACGACGCAGGAGGCGCGCGAACGGACCUCCCAGCUCCUCGCGGACCGCAUCUUCGCCGAGGCGUCCUACGAGCGCAAGCUCGAGCGCGACAAGAAGACGUUCCGCGUCGACUUCGCCGCGUUCCUGCCCUACUGGCACCUCGUCCAGUACGGGUCCGGCAAGAAGGCGAACCGCGCCUAUACCCACCUGUUGAGCACGCUCAAGCACGUGCUGCGCAUCCUGCGGCUGAGCGGGCCGGAGGCCCGGGCGCGGAGCACGUCCGUGAAGCUGCGGCGGCUGCGCCAGUUCUCCGACGUCGUCGGGCUGUCGCGGGACCGGAGCGGGCUCUACGCGCCGCUCGUCGCGGACGUCUACGUGUCCGUGCUCCGCCGGGCGCUCGACGGCCGCGGGCGCGCGCUGGACGUCUUGCUGGACGUGGUCCCGACGCCCGCGGGCGCGCCGGCGCCGGACAAGGAGCGCGUCAAGGAGAAGCCCCGGGGCUGCCGCAUGACCGCCGCGGACGUGCGGACCGCGCUCUUCGGGAAGGACGCGACGAAGGACGCGGCGACCUGGGACGCGCCCCUCUUCAAGCGCCUGGCCUUCGACGACCUGCUGCGGACGCUCUGGCUGCGCGCCGACGCGCUGAGCGACGAGGGCGACGCGACGCUCGACGACGUCCUGGAGCUGGCGCUCGACUUCGCGUUCGAGUGCGCGGCGUCGGCCCAGGAGAAGCUCGUGCAGCGCUUCGAGGACGAGGAGCACGCCAAGGGCAAGGUCGACUGGUACGCCUUCGACCUGAUCCUGGACGACUUCGACAUGGGGCCCGGCGACGGCACGGUGGAGGGCGAGGCCGCGUCCAAGGCCGAGAAGCUCGAACUGUUCAAGGAGGCGCUCGGCGUCGACGAGCUCGAGGAGCAGGAUUUGGUGCUGACGGACGCGAAGCGCUUCGCCAUGACGCUCUGGAAGGCGGGCAAGUUCAAGCAGCUGCGCAAGCACGAGGUCGUGGCCGAGGCGCCCGUCGAGGCCGUCGUCGAGCGACCCCGGGGGCUCACGAACGGGAACCUGGGGCUGGCGCUGCGCGUCCUGGACCUGUCGUGGAACCGGCUGCACGUCGCCGACGAGCUGCGCGUGCUCGUGUCCGUGUGCCCGAACCUGGAGGUGCUGGACGCGUCGUACAACAGCUUCGGCGACGGCGGCGUCGUCGCGAUCCUCGCGGCGGCGGACUUUUCGCCCGAGCCGUCGAACUUCGUGGCGCUGAAGCUGCGGGGCAACGGCGUGGGCCCGCGGGGGGCGCAUCUCCUGGGGGACCUGGUCCGGCGGCGCGCCGCGGACGCGCCGCGGCUGGAGCUGCUGGACCUCGCGUCGAAUCGCCUCGGCGCGUUCGGCGCGCGCGCGCUGCUGCGCGCCGCGGCCCUCGAGGACGGCGGCGGCGUCUUCGAGGCGCGGCCCCUGGCGCUGGACAUGGACGACUGCGCCGUCGACGCGGACGUGCCGAGCGACGGGUCCGUGCCGCCGACCUACGACCCGGACGACGCCGGCGCGAUCGACGACGCCGCGGAGGUGCCGCUCGACCCCGCGACGACGGCGCCGGACGUCGGCGUGGCCUUGCGCAACGCGCUGCGGGCCGUGGCGCGCGAUAACGCGCUGCGCUUCGAGAGCCUGGAGUGGUGCCGCAUGGCCGCGUCGGGCAACGAGCGCCGCGACGAGCGCGAGCGGACGUGGCUGCCCGUGAAGCUGACGCGCGGCGCGAUGCCGUCCGUGGGGCACACGCGGAGCGGGAGCCUGUGCGCGUCGCGGGGCGGCCACGCGCCGAGCCCGCCCUACCUGAAACUAGAUUUGGAGGAUCCGGCGAACGAACUGUUCCUGAAGACGAACCCGAACGCGGCGCCGCUCGGCGACCGCGCGUUCGUCGUGCCGCGGACGGGCACGAUGCGCUUCAAAUUGGCCUACGCGCCGCGGCAGCCGAGCUUACUAGCCUGCCCGACGGAGACGGGCUUCGACGCUUUACGGGCGCUCGUGGGCGCGAAGCCGGCGCACCUGCUGCAGCACGCGCCGUUCCUGACGACGCGGCAGGUCGAGAAGCUGCUCCAGCGCCUCGGCCACGACCCGCAGCCGCCGAAUUUGUGCGAGAUCUACGGCCACGACGACGAGCUCAAGGAGCGGCCCCUGAGCGAUUUGGUGCACCUGCUGACGGUGCUGCUGCCGCGCGUCGUCGACGUCGACGCGUCCGCGCGAUUGAUCCGGGCCUACGCGCCCGCGCGCGCGUCGCAGCGCGCGCUCGCGCGGGCCCUGGGGCCGGCCUACGGGCCCCUCAUCGGCGCGCCGAACGGGCGCUACGCGCUGGACCUGAGCCUGGCGACGCACAAGCUCGCGCUCCGGGCGGUUCUAGAGAGGGUCGCGUCGGAGAAACGCGUCGCGCUGGAGGUGCGCGGCUGCGGCCUCCACGAGCGCAUCCGCAACGUCAGCUUCCGCCCCGACGACCCGGCCAAGCGGGCGCGCGCCGAGGCGCUCACGCGGGGCAAGAACACGAUGGCCAAGGACACGCCGCGGCCGCGCGACGUCGCGCCGCUGUUGCGCGCGCUCCUCCGCGGCCGCGACGUCGAACUGGGGGCCGUGCUCAAGGGCGGCGCGCUGACCUUCGACGUGUCGUCGUCCGCGCGGCCGGACGCGGCGCACGCGACCUUGGCGCCGCGCGACGUCGUCCACCGCGCGUCGAACGCGGACCUGCCGACGCCCUGCCGGCGCCUCGUCCGCGCCUUCGCCAUGGAUGAUGAUGUUUUGAUCGACCACGCGAAGAACGCGGAGCGCGCGUCGACCUACGACCGCGCGCGCCCGGAGCCCGCGUGGCUCGAGGAGCCGAGCCGAUCCGCCGUCGUCGCGUCGAUCCAGCGCAUGUGGGCGACGACGAAGCGGGUCCGCGAGGCGAAGCGGAGGUUGGAGGCCGCCCAGAAGAAGGGCGCCAAGAAGGGCCGGAAGGGCAAGAAGGGCGCCGGGGAGGAGAAGCCGAAGGCGCCGCCGAAGGCGCCGCCGAAGGAGCCGCCGACGGCGCCCGCGCCCGCGGCCGACGCCGCCGCCGAGGCGGCCGCCCCGGAGGACGGCAAGAAGGCCGCGAAGAAGAAGAAGAAGAAGAAGGGCGGCAAGAAGAAGAAGGGCGCGUCCAAGAAGGCCUCGCCGGAGAAGCCCGCGGCGCCCGAGCCGCCCGCGUCGCCGCCCAAGUCGCCGUCCAAGCCCGCGACGCCGUCGUCGCUCGUCAAGAGCAGCAAGAUGUGGAAGCUGACGCUGGGCCGGGGCGUGCGGUCGAAGAUCGUGAGCCGCGACGCGCUCGCGCGCCUCGUCGCCGUGCGGAAGCGCGACGACGGCGUCGUCAAGUUGAAGGACCUGCUGGACCGCCACCUGGGCAUCGAGUCCCAGGGCGACCUGAAGCGCGCGCUGAUCCGGCGCUUCGACCGCAACGACCGCUGCGCCAUCGGCGACCUCGAGGCGACCGCGCGCGAGCACUUCCGCGCGCACCCCGUGACGCUGCACCGGACGCCGUGCACGUCGGACCUGCUCCCCGUGUCGGCCCAGGACGCCGCGGUCCGCGACCCCCACGGCGAGGACGAGCUCCUGUCGCUGCGGCUCCACUUCGCGGACGUGGCCCUCACGUCGGGCCAGCUCGCCUACGUCAUGGCGACGUACGCGGGCGACGGCGGGCGCACGGCGCCGAACUACGACGGCCUGCGGCACCCCGUCGACGAGGCCAAGGCCGCGGACGUCGUCCACGCCCUGUAUCCGCGGCUCGUGGACCCGGGCCGCUUCGCGCGCGACGUGCUGCCGUGCCUGACGGCGACGCUGCGGCGGACGAUCACCGCGCGUUUGGGGUGCUUCGCGGUCGUGCGGCCGCCGCCCGUGGAGCCCUGCGAGGACGCCCAGGUCGCGUCGGGCGGGCCCUGGCUCGCGCUGGACCUCGGGCGCGACGACCACCGGGGCCUCGCGCGCGUCGCCGCGGUCCUCGCGUACUACGAGGGCUCGGACCUCCGCUGGGGCUUCUACCGGCCCCAGCUCGGCGCGGCGUCCAAGUGGGUCGAGAACUGGUCGCUGCCCGAGUCCUGGCGCACGGAGACGGGCGACAAGGUGCCGACGACGGGCGAGCUCGCCUUCGACGACCUCACGCUGCCCAAGGAGCCCGACAUGUUGUUGCGCGCGAAGCUCCGGCGGCGCCUGUUCGUCUACGAGUCCCCCGGCGCGCGGGCCAAGCGCGACACGACGGAGUACCUCGCCCACUGCGCGUCGUCGCCCCACGUCCAGGCGGGCGACGAGCGCGAGUUCGACCAGGACCCGGACGCGGUCUUCGCGGGGUUGGUGCGGCCCAAGUACGAGCGCCAGGCGCGGAUCAUCCAGAAGAACUGGCGCGCGUACCGCAAGCGCAAGAAGCGGCGCGUGGACAAGAAGCCCGUCGCCUACGGCCACGCCAAGGUCGCCGGCUGCAGCCCCGUCCUCGACAUGUUCGCAAAAUUACAAAAGGGCGGCAAGGUGAAGCCGCCGCCGCCCGUGACGCUCGCGCAGGUGCUGAGCCGCGUGAACCAGGUCGUCGAGGACAAGGCCGUCCAGGACGCGGCGACGGAGGCCGUCGCCAAGUGGAAGCACCGGCCGAAGCCGAGCCUCGCGGCCUACCUGGCGAACUGGCACGUGAUCCACUUCGGCGCCGCGCUCGGCGUGUCGCGGCUCCACGAGCUGCUCCACACGCUCCACGUCGUCACCUACUUCGCCCAGCAGGCCGACGGGCGCCGGGGCAAGAAGGGGUCGAAGCUCCUGCGCGUGCGGCGCUUCCGCCAGUUCUCCGACAUCUUGGGGCUCACGCCGCGCGCGGAGAAGUGCUACGCGCCGAUGCUCGCGGAGUGCUACAUCGUCUUCCUGCGGUCGAUUUUAGGCCACCCCAAGGGCAUCGCCGCGGUGCUGGCGGCGCCCCACGCGGACACGGUCGAGGGCCACCUCGUGCCGCUCCAGGACGUCGUCGUCGCGCUCGUGGGCUACGACAAGCGGGUCGUCGCCGAGGACCCGACGACGUGGACGUCGCCGCUCGCGGCGCUCGCGCGGCCCUGGCUCGACGAGGAGACGAUGUACGACCUGUUCCUGAAGAUUCGCAAGGUCGCCGAGCGGGGGAAGAAGAGCAUCAAGGACGCGGGCGACCACCCCGUGCCCGCGCUCGACGUCGAGGACGCGCUCGAGCUGCUGCUCGACGCGGUCUUCAGGGCCGCGGCCCAGACGCAGGCCUUCCUCCGGACGGAGCUCGCCAACUGGCUCUCCGUCGACGGGCGCCUCACCUUCGACGACUUCAAGCGCUUCUUCCCGGACCUGCCGGGCGCGGCCGCGGUCUCGGAGCUCGCCGUCGCGACGCUCUUCGCGGCCGUCCAGGACCGGGCGGACACGAACGAGUCGAACCGCGUGAAGAUCGACCCGGAGAAAUUCGCCAUGCACUGCUGGGCCCACCACGUCCUCCCGAGCCCCGCCUACGUCGAGCGGAAGCCGCCCAAGGUCGAGGCGACGGCGAAGAAGCACCACAUGUUCGCCCAGCUCGACGGCCUCGAGUUCGCCGAGCUCGAGCACAUCACCAAGGGCACCGUGGACUAG